UGCUUUGCUUUCCUCGCUGACGCUGUGCGUCUGUUACGCUUUUACACAGAAACAACACCUGGAGGAGAAGCUGUACGGACGCUCCUACACACACUGUGUUUGAGAGCAAGAGAGAGCGAGAGUGUUCUUCUGAGACUCAAAAACCCAAAUGCAAGUGCUUUUUCAUUUCUGAAUUGCCAGUUCGAAGUGUUUUCUUGGAUUUUGAUGAGCCAUGGAGUCACCACUUGAUCUAACGCCUAUUAAAACAUCUUACGAUGGUUUGUAUUCCAAGGGAUAUAAGAGGAUGAAAGUAUGUUUUGAUACAAAUGAUUAUGAUAGCAUGGACUUCUCUCCAAGUAACCAUGAUGAAGCUGUACAUAAAAGGCCUAAGUCUACUUCAGAAGUUGUUGAUUACAGUGAUCCAUUUGCCAUACCGGACUUGCUGGAGAGGAUAGACUCUGGCAAAUAUGGAAGUGUUACAAAGGACAUAGAGGCAAUUCUUGCUCGAAAGAGGCAAACUCUUUGCCCUUAUUUUGAAAAAUAUCCUGCUCUGUCAAAUCUAUCCUUGGAGGAGAAAAGGCAGAGUAAAAGGGCUCCUAAAUCUGCAAAUCAACAGGCUAGUCCAUUGUCCCAAAAUAAUGUCAUUGAUUUGGAGGAUGACUCUGUUGAAAAUAAUGCUCCAGCAGCAUUAUUGCCUGUUGUAAUUAUUGAUUCAGAUGAGGAACAAAGUGAACAUCCAAGACCUCCUUAUCCUUUCAAAGAGGUCGUCUUGCCAGAACCAUCCUAUUCUUUCCAGGAGGUUUUCUUGGGACAACCAUCUGAACAGUUAGUGGUAAGGGACUUUGUUGAGAACAAAGUUCCAGGAGAGACCAAAAUCAAGAAUGACCCAGGAGUUUAUGUUGGUGUAGAAGAUGAUGACAAUCACCAGACUGAUACUGAAGAAGAUGAUGGGUUGGGAGAUAUUUGGAAUGAAAUGUCAAUGGCAUUAGAAUCUAACAAGGAUGUUGUUGUGGACCCUUCAUCUGAAGGGAUGAGUGACGGCGGGGAGGACUGUGACUGUGAUCAUUCUUUUGUCUUAAAGGAUGAUCUUGGAUAUGUUUGCCGCAUUUGUGGAGUUAUUGACAGAGGAAUUGAGACCAUAUUUGAGUUUCAGUUUAACAAGGUCAAAAGGAGUACAAGAACUUACAUGCCUGAUUCUCGGAAUGCCAAAGACAGAGAGGCAGCUGAGAUAAGUGGAGUUAAAUUGUCAGAGGAUGGUUUGAUAAUAACUGAAAUCUCUGCCCACCCAAGACAUAUGAAGCAAAUGAAACCUCAUCAAGUGGAGGGUUUCAAUUUUCUUGUUAGUAACUUGGUGGGUGAUAAUCCUGGGGGUUGCAUCUUGGCCCAUGCUCCAGGUUCUGGUAAAACAUUUAUGAUAAUUAGUUUCAUGCAAAGUUUUCUAGCCAAGUAUCCAAAUGCUAGACCGCUUAUUGUGCUUCCUAAAGGAAUCUUGGAUACAUGGAAAAAGGAGUUUAAAAUUUGGCAAGUAGAGGAUAUUCCAUUAUAUGAUUUCUAUGAAUCCAAAGCAGACAAUCGAUCACAGCAGCUGGAGGUGUUGAAACAGUGGGUGGAGCAGAAAAGUAUCCUUUUCUUAGGGUACAAGCAGUUCUCCUCUAUUGUUUGCGAUCGAGAAACUAGCAAGAUAUCAGCUAUGUGCCAGGAGAUAUUGCUAAAGGCACCUUCAAUUCUGAUUCUGGAUGAGGGGCACACUCCAAGAAAUGAUAACACUGAUGUGUUCCAAUCCCUUACCAAAUUACAGACACCUAGGAAAGUUGUACUUUCUGGAACCAUUUUUCAAAAUCAUGUCAACGAAGUAUUCAAUCUUUUGAAUCUUGUUCGUCCUAAAUUUUUAAGGUCCGAAACUUCGCGACCCAUCAUUAAGCGCAUCAUGAGUAGAGUUCAUAUAUCGGGUGUAAGGAAGCAGUUCAAAGCUGGAAGUGAAUCAGCUUUCUAUGAACUAGUGGAACAUACUCUACAGAAGGAUAAUGAUUUCAGAAGGAAAGUGACUGUCAUACAUGAGUUGCGUGAGAUGACUAGCAAGGUGCUUCAUUAUUAUAGAGGAGAUUCCCUAGAUGAACUUCCUGGACUUGUUGAUUUCACUGUGCUACUAAAUCUCACCACCAGACAGAAGCAUGAGACUGAGAAACUGAAGAAGUUCGCGAGGAAGUUCAAGCAAAGUUCUGUUGGGAGUGCUGUUUAUCUGCACCCAAAAUUGUACUCCUUCUCUUGGAAACCCACUGAUCCAGAUGAUAAAGUGGAUGAGCUCUUGGACAAAAUGGAUGUGAAAGAUGGAGUCAAGGCAAGGUUCUUCCUUAAUCUACUGAACUUAUGUGAGUCAGCUGGUGAGAAACUUUUGGUGUUCAGUCAGUACCUCCUACCAUUGAAAUUUUUGGAGAGAUUAGUAGCCAAAAUGAAGGGUUGGAGUCCUGGGAGAGAAAUGUUUAUGAUCUCAGGUGAGUCAAGCUCCGAGCAACGGGAAUGGUCCAUGGAUCAAUUUAACAAUUCCUCUACUGCUAAGGUCUUCUUUGGCUCAAUUAAGGCAUGUGGAGAGGGUAUAUCUCUGGUAGGGGCAUCUCGAGUCAUACUUCUGGAUGUCCAUCUUAAUCCCUCAGUGAGCCGGCAAGCAAUUGGCCGUGCAUUUAGACCAGGUCAAAAGAAGAAAGUGUUUGUGUACAGAUUGGUAGCUGCUAGUUCCCCUGAAGAGGAAGAUCAUAGCACUUGCUUCCAGAAAGAACUAAUUGCCAAAAUGUGGUUUGACUGGAACGAGUAUUGUGGUUAUCGGGAUUUUGGAGUGGAGACCAUUGAUGUGAAUGAAUGUGGUGAUCUCUUCCUUGAAAGUCCAGUGUUUAGGGAAGAUAUAAAGGUUCUUUACAAAAGGUAGGUCCUGCCAUCAGCGUUGGGCUGACGUACAGAGUAGGGAAAGUUGUCUCACUAUAGUUUGGUUGACAUAUAGUCUCUUGUCUGUUCAUAUAUAUGUUUCCCUAGAUUUUGGGAUUUCCGAAAGCAUUUCAGACAGGUUGCUCAGCAUCAGUGGUUUACCAGUUACUACACAGUUUCCAUAUUGAACUUCUCCUUCAGGGUUGCUUUUUGAUUCCUUAGAACAGGCAGCUUUUGUUUUCUGUUUUUAGAAAGAAUCAGACUAGUCAGAGAAAUAUCUAUGUACACAGAUCAAUGAAUCCUGACUUGUAAAAAAUCUGAAGUAUGGCAAUUUUGAAAAUGCUAUUUGCAGGAGGGUGAUUUUCUGUCUUUGGGUCACGUAAAUUCUCCUGAUAA